AGAUCAUUGUGUGAAGUCUAUGCAAAUGGAGUGUUUUCCAAAACGAUUGAGCAGAAUAGCUCAGUAUGUCUCUUAAUCUCACUUCUUAGUGAUACAGUACUUGUGAACUGCCACCCUUAGUGAAAAUAGUUUAGUAAUACAAUAUGCUUCCUCUUUCUCCUCCUCUCCCCUUUCUUCUCAGAAAGUACAUUUAUUCAGCCUUUUUUAUGCUUGAUUGCUAAUUUUUAGCUUCAUUUGAUUCAGGAACCAAGAUUCCAAUAAUUCUUGGUGGUUUUUCCAUCCUACUUGGGGCAUUACUGAGUAGAAGGAAGGUGACCUUAGUGAAUUUUUCUUUUCAGAACUCAUUUGAAACACUGGAAAGUGAAGAUUAACUAUAUCUGGCUAAUAAUAUGUAAUGGAUUGUUUUGAAGCACUUUUUUCUUACUUGGUUUCACUGGGAUUUGGUGUCUAGCCUUGACUUGUGUUUAUGUUUUCCCUCAUCCCCCCUUUCCUCCUGUCUAGUGUGUUCUAACUACAAAAGUUUCAAAGAAUUGAAAGACUUUGACUGGUUUGUGUACUACUGACUGUUUCACUAAUCAAUAUUUAAUAUGGUUUUCAUAGGAUAUGUAACAUGACACUGAUAUUCUGGACAGUUUAUCUUAGGAGCCUCUGUGAAGCUGUUUUUUUGAAGUAAUGCCAAUAGAAAGUGGAAGCUGUGCAUCUGCUCGCCAAGCAAAGCAGAAACGUAAAUCACACAGCCUUUCCAUCCGGAGAACCAACAGCUCCGAGCAGGAGCGGGCGGGACUGCAGAGAGACAUGUUGGAAGGGCAGGAUUCCAAGUUACCAUCUGCUAUCCGGAAUACACUCCUUGAACUUUUUGGACAAAUAGAGCGGGAAUUUGAAAACUUGUAUAUUGAAAAUUUGGAAUUGCGUAGGGAGAUUGACACCCUGAAUGAGCGCUUAGCAGGUGAAGGACAGACAAUUGAUGGUGCUGAGCUGAGCAAAGGACAACUGAAAACAAAAGCCAGUCAUAGCACCAGUCAGCUUUCUCAGAAAUUAAAGACAACUUACAAGGCAUCUACUAGCAAGAUUGUAUCCAGUUUUAAAACUACAACAUCAAGGGCAAUCUGUCAGCUGGUAAAGGAAUAUGUUGGCCACAGGGAUGGUAUUUGGGAUGUCAGUGUCGCGAAAACUCAGCCAGUGGUGUUGGGAACCGCAUCUGCUGAUCACACUGCUUUGCUGUGGAGCAUAGAAACAGGGAAGUGCCUUGUCAAGUAUGUAGGGCAUGUCGGCUCAGUAAACUCCAUUAAGUUUCAUCCCACUGAGCAAGUGGCUCUUACAGCAUCUGGAGACCAGACAGCUCACAUCUGGAGAUACAUAGUACAGUUGCCUACACCUCAGCCAACUGCAGACAGCAAUCAAGUGUCUGGAGAAGAUGAAGUUGAAAUCUCAGACAAAGAUGAACCUGAUGGAGAUGGAGAUGGUUCCAGUGAUUGCCCCACUGUCAGAGCCCCACUGACCUCCCUGAAAAGCCACCAAGGAGUGGUCAUAGCAGCUGACUGGCUUGUUGGGGGGAAGCAAGCUGUGACAGCAUCGUGGGACAGGACAGCAAAUCUGUAUGAUGUAGAGACUUCUGAACUUGUCCAUUCUCUUACAGGGCACGACCAAGAGCUGACGCAUUGCUGCACGCAUCCCACGCAGCGCCUCGUGGUGACAUCGUCCCGCGACACCACCUUCCGCCUGUGGGAUUUCAGAGAUCCUUCUAUCCAUUCUGUGAAUGUCUUUCAGGGCCACACAGACACUGUGACAUCUGCAGUUUUCACUGUGGGAGACAACGUUGUUUCUGGUAGUGAUGACCGUACAGUAAAAGUCUGGGAUUUGAAAAACAUGAGGAGUCCUAUUGCAACAAUCCGCACAGAUUCUGCAGUCAACAGGAUUAACGUGUGCGUUGGCCAGAGGAUCAUCGCCCUUCCCCACGACAACCGGCAGGUUCGGCUCUUCGACAUGUCAGGGGUGCGGCUGGCGCGGCUCCCUCGCAGCAACAGACAGGGGCACAGGAGGAUGGUUUGCUGCUGUGCCUGGUGUGAGGACCAUGCCAUCUGCAACCUCUUCACGUGUGGGUUUGACCGUCAGGCCAUCGGCUGGAACAUCAACAUCCCUGCUUUGCUACAGGAGAAGUGAAGUGUUGCUGAGAGUUUCUGCAGAGUUUGUGUCGCCGUGGACUUCUACACCUGGGCAGACUUUUCUGAGCACUGGUCUGCUGUCGCUGUAAAAGCUCUUCCGUGAGGGGAGACUUGAGCAAGUGUUGUUCUUGUUACCACGUUGUGCACAGUUUGCAUGGGUUGUACAGAAAAAUGUGAUUUUUUAAAAAUUAGUUUGUCUUGUGUAUGAAAUUUUAUAUUUUGGCAUCCACUGGUCAAUAUGUUCACUGUUGCGUAGAGCACAUAAAUGUUCAUAAGUUAUUUAGCAUUUAAUAGUUACACAGUAGGGCAUUACAUCUGUGACAUAAAUGUGAAACUUAUGUAAUUACUGUAGAGAGUGUAUACAGUCUGUUAUGUUUUUCCAUGACUCUACAUAUCUGCCUUGUGUUAAAAGGAAUCUGCAGGGCUAAAACUUUGAAAUGAAGUGUGAAUUUCACUAGUUGUAUGAUUGUAAACAUUUUCCUGUUUGCAUCUGAUUUGAAUACUUUUUUUAGUGCUGCCAUAUAGUGCAACUUCAACUCCAUUUUUACUCCGGUUACAAGAGAAAUAGUAGAUUUGAGAAGGAAAAUGCAAGCAACUUGUAGUGAGUAUAGACUGCCAGGUUUAUUUGUAAUCUUAAUUGUACUUUUUAUUUUGAAAAAAGAGAAAGAUUCAUUCUGCCCUUCUUAUAUAAAGUAAUUCUGAAACCUUAUCGCAUUUCAUAUUAGCAAAAAUCCAGACUAUUACAAUUCUAAUCACUGAAAUCUAGUCAAGCAAAUUCUGAAGCACUUUAGUUUAUAGCUAUUGUUAUAAACCAUUUAUGAAAGUUUGACUUUACCAGUGAAUGUGAGCUAACCUUUGUAAGAAGGAUUAAUUCCUUUUGGUGAUCUGCCCAGAAAGGAAAUAGUUUAUUUGGGGGUUGAUGAUUUUGUUUAUGUACCUACAGUGAGCAUACUUUUAAUUGUGUUCACUUCCCAUAUUUUUAUUUUGAGCCAGCAAUACAAAGUAAAUGAGUUCUACCUCAAAAAUGAAUGUUGGUCAAGAUGCAUGGAAUCUCUCUGUAGCCUAGAAAAAAGCACCUUUGGUCUCUGGCUGAAGUACUAUCUCUGACAGGAGAAGAAAGACAAUCAUACUACAUGUGAUCCUUAAGGUAGUUAACACAUGAAGCUAGUGGUGCAAUACACUAAGUCAGCAUCAUAUGUCACCCAGCCAUGGCAGGGGCACUGCAGCCUCUGGCUUGUUCCAGAAGGGAGUAAUUAGCAUAGCUCUCCCUUCUUUCUCCCAAAUGAUCUUACUCUGGGUUUGCUCCUCACUGUGUUUAGCUGUUUUUGCACUGGCAGUGGGGUGUUACUCUGCAGCUGCUGCUGUCAGUAGAUGCAGGUGGCAGCUGGUGUCUUGGAAAGAAUGGAAGGGCUGCUUCAGACAGACUCUUGGUUUUUGGCUGAAGGGAGGUGCUGCCCUUGACUGUCUGACAUAUCACAGUAUGAGAUGAAGGGUGGGGGUAAGGAAAGGUGCACUCUGACAGUGGAAUCUUGGAGUUCAUGGUGGGUUGGCAGAUGUAUUAGGAGCUUUUUAUCUCAUCAUCAUGAUUCUGUGCAACUACAUCUGUGCUCAUGUCCUCUGCAUCACUGUUUGUAAUGACAUUAAGAUGUGUGUUAGCUGGUUCUCCUGUUAACUAACAUUUGUGUGGCAUGGGAGUACAGUGGGAUGGCAUGGGAUAAUGAAUGCAUCAGUGAGGAAUGGAAGGAAAAUGGGGGUCCUAAACAUUGUUUUGGACUGUAACAUUGAGGAAAUGCAAAAUAUUUAAUGGAGAAUAUAUGUAGUGUCUUUGUAGUACAUGUCAUCAGAAUGGUUUGAUCCCUUGUUUUUUUUCUGUUGUGGGGUUUGGGAUUUUUUCUUGAGAUACAAGAUGGACAACUGUGCUGAAGUAUUCUUAAAUACUAUAACUAGUGAGGUUGCAGAAAGCAGCUGCAGAGUUUUAAGUCUUCUGGUGGUAAGAGUUAAAUGAUGGUGACAAUGUUUAUUUUCACUUUUUUUUUUUUUUCUCCUGGGUUUUUUGCUCUGGGUUAAAGCCAUUUGAUGUUGGGUUACAGGUUUUAUUCCUUAAGAAAACAAGACUCUCUUUCUUUUAGUUGGUAACAGAGAGAACUUUACAAAGGUUUAUGCUGUUUUUAAAAAAAAAAGAGAAAAGUGUCUGGCCAGUACAAGCAGUUUAUCCAGCAUGGCCUGCAUGUAGGAUCUGGACAAUGGCUCUCCUUUAUUACCUGAGGCAGAGGAGAGGGUCACUGGUUUUGGUCCUGCUAAACUAAAGUGUCUAAGCUUCUCUCAUACAUAUGUAGUACAGAACCACUGGACUCUAUGCAGUUUAAUCAUCAUUGCUGCAAACUUUUUAUAUCACCAGAGGGACCAUCCUCUGGCACCAGAAUGGGUGAUUACGUGGUUUCAUUUUGAAAAGAAUCAACCAAACAAGGUGCUAGAGCCACGUUCUUAUGAGCAGGCUAAUACUUAAAUCAGCUGAACACUGAACUAUCACUUAGUUUAGUUUUCUGUACUGUAGUGAAGGGUAAGCCAAACUGCCAUUCCCCUUGAAGCUAAACAUAUGAGCAGGGGUAGUGAAUAUACUACAUUGACUAAAUAUGUGGAAAACAUUUCAUGGCUCUAAGUGUUCUAAAGAGUGUUUUUCCAGCACUGAACAAUGUCCAGCAUUUCAUUAAAUGGAGCAGAGUUGCAGUUACAGUUUCAGUAUUGUGCAGAAUUUCACAGAAAACUCAUCACUGGGCAAAACCAAGCUUCUGUGUCUUUCUCUCAAGCAAUGCACAUCAAUUUUCACGAAGUUUGUGUAUACUUUUCAGUCAGAAAGAUCUGGAAUGAAACAUCUUAUUUGUUGCCUAAAUCUGUGAAAACUACCUUUUGGGGAAAAGAAUUUAUAAGUUAUGUGGAACCACUUUUUAUUAUUCUGCUAAUUUGUUUUUAGAUGUAAAAUGUUUUUCUUCAUUACAAUUCAAAAGGCAUUAAAACAUUAAACAAUUU